GCUCCACAGCAGUAGCUGGCUUCCAGAUAAACACGAUUGUCGGCUCCCCCUGCAUACUUGCAACCCCAUCAUCUCUCUCUCUCUCUCUCUCUCUCUCUCUCACACACGCAAGCACACUCAUUUCACAAAAAUACUCCAGUAGAACGCAUGAUUCAACUACUCCUCAUGCCUAAUUGACCCCCAAAUCUCCACUCUCCGAUCCCCCCUCUUCUCCUCUCCUCUCUCUCUCUCUCUCUCUCUCUCUCUCUCUCUCUCUCCAUGUUACUACAUAUAGUCCCUCCCUCCCUCCCUGUACAAUAGGAGUAUAAUACUACUACACUGAAAUAAAGAUCAAUCCCUUUGGAAGCAACCAAAACACAAACAAUGCUUCCUCUGCUCCUCCUCCUCCUCCUCCUCACCCCCGUCCACUCUCUGAACCUACAGGGCCUCUACCUCCACACCCUCACCCUCUCCCUCUCCGACCCAGACAACUUCUUCUCCACCUGGAACCAGAGGGACCCCACCCCCUGCAACUGGACCGGAGUCACCUGCGACACUCAGUCGGAGGAGGUCUACUCACUCGACCUCUCCUCCGCCAACCUCUUUGGCCCUUUCCCCUUACCCCUCUGCCGCAUUAACACCCUCACCUUCUUAUCUCUCUACAACAACUCCAUCAACUCCACCCUCCCGGACAACAUCUCCGAUUGCCAAUCCCUACAACACCUCGACCUUUCUCAAAACCUACUCACUGGAUCCCUACCCACUACUCUCUCUCACCUACCCAGCUUAAACUACCUCGAUUUGACCGGAAACAACUUCUCCGGCGACGUCCCGCCGAGCUUCGCCGCCUUCCCCCGCCUCGAGGUGCUCUCUUUAGUGGCCAAUUUGUUCGACGGUGAAAUCCCUUCCUUCUUGGGUAACAUCACAACUCUGAAGCAGCUGAAUCUCUCUUACAACCCGUUUAGACCGGGUCGGGUCCCGCCGGAGCUGGGGAACUUGACGAAUUUGGAGAUCUUGUGGAUGUCCGGGUGUAACUUAAUGGGUCCGAUCCCCGACUCGCUGGGUGGACUCAAGAAGUUAAAGGACUUGGAUUUGGCUCUGAAUAACUUGAAUGGGAAUAUACCGAGUUCGCUCACUGGGUUGACGAGCGUGGUGCAGAUAGAGCUGUAUAAUAACUCGUUAACCGGGGAGCUCCCGGCGACGGGGUGGAACAAAAUGACGUCGUUGCGGCUGCUGGACGCCUCGAUGAAUUACUUGAGUGGGUCCAUUCCAGAUGAGCUGUGUUCUCUGCCACUUGAAUCAUUGAAUCUGUACGAGAAUCAGCUAGAAGGAGAUUUACCGAAGAGUUUAGCAAAGUCUCCGAAUUUGUAUGAGUUAAGGUUGUUUGGAAACCGGUUAACGGGGGAGUUACCGGCGGAUUUGGGGAAGAACUCUGCGCUGUUGUGGGUUGACGCGUCGAACAAUAAAUUCCAGGGACAAAUCCCAUCUGGGUUGUGUGAAAAAGGUACUUUAGAGGAGCUUUUGAUGAUAUACAACUCAUUUUCCGGCGACAUUCCGGCGAGUUUAGGGGAGUGCACGAGCCUUACGCGGGUCCGGUUGGGGUACAACAACUUUUCCGGCGAGGUUCCGGCGGGACUCUGGGGGCUUCCCAACGUUUACUUGCUCGAGCUGGCCGACAAUUCGUUCUCUGGCGGAAUCGCGAAGACGAUAGCCGGAGCGUCGAAUUUGUCGGCGCUGGUGAUAUCGAACAACGGAUUCUCCGGCGGUAUCCCGGAGGAGAUUGGGUGGUUGGAGAAUCUCACGGAGUUCACCGGAAGCAAUAACCGGUUUACUGGGUCGUUACCGGAUAGUAUAGUGAAUCUUGGGCAAUUGUGGAAGCUGGAUCUUCACAACAAUGGCUUAUCUGGGGAAAUUCCGAGUGGGAUUCAUUCAUGGAAGAAACUCAAUGAGCUGGAUUUGGCUGAUAAUGACUUUUCUGGGAAUAUUCCAGAAGAAAUUGGAACUUUGUCAGUUCUAAAUUACCUUGAUUUGUCUGGGAAUCAACUUUCAGGGAAAAUCCCACUUGGGUUGCAGAAUUUGAGGCUAAAUGAGCUCAAUUUGUCCAGUAACCACCUCUCAGGUGAUAUUCCUCCUUUUUAUGCUAAGGAGAUUUAUAAGUCCAGCUUUUUAGGUAACCCUGGUUUGUGCGGUGAUAUAGCUGGUCUGUGUGACAAGAAAACUGGGUAUAAGAAUAUGGGUUAUGUUUGGUUACUUAGAUCAAUCUUUAUGCUGGCUGGGAUAGUUUUCAUUGUGGGUGUUGUUUGGUUUUACCUGAAGUAUAGGAAUUUCAAGAAAGCAAAAAGUGCGAUUGACAAGUCGAAAUGGACUCUAAUGUCGUUCCACAAAUUGGGUUUUAGCGAAUUUGAAAUCUUGGAUUGUCUUGAUGAGGAUAAUGUGAUUGGAACUGGAUCUUCUGGGAAAGUUUAUAAGGCUGUUCUUAGUAGUGGAGAGGUGGUGGCGGUGAAAAAGCUAUGGGGCGGAGGGGCAAAAAUGGUGGUGGAGAGUGGAGAUGUUGAAAAGGGUGGCAAUGUUAUUCAAGAUGAUGGUUUUGAAGCAGAAGUCGAGACAUUAGGAAAGAUAAGGCACAAAAACAUUGUGAAGCUAUGGUGUUGUUGCACUACGAAGGAUUGCAAGCUUUUGGUGUACGAGCAUAUGCCUAAUGGGAGUUUAGGGGAUUUGCUUCAUGGAAACAAGAGUGGGAUGUUGAGUUGGCCUAUUAGGUAUAAGAUCGCGAUGGAUGCAGCAGAGGGGCUUUCGUAUUUGCACCACGAUUGUGUGCCUCCGAUCGUUCAUAGGGACGUGAAGUCGAAUAAUAUCUUGUUGGAUGGGGAUUUUGGAGCACGAGUGGCAGAUUUUGGAGUGGCGAAAGCGGUGGAUGCGAUUGGGAAAGGGGGGAAAUCAAUGUCUAUAAUCGCGGGGUCCUGUGGAUACAUUGCUCCAGAAUAUGCAUACACGCUGCGAGUGAAUGAGAAGAGCGACAUAUACAGCUUCGGCGUGGUCAUCCUCGAAUUAGUCACCGGGAGGCUCCCAGUGGACCCUGAAUUCGGGGAAAAGGAUUUGGUCAAGUGGGUAUGCACUACUCUUGACCAAAAAGGCAUAGACCAUGUACUCGACUCAAAGCUCGAUUCAUGUUUCAAGGAGGAGGUAUGCAAAGUACUCAACAUUGGCCUCCUUUGCACCAGCCCUCUGCCAAUCAACCGCCCCUCCAUGAGGAGGGUGGUGAAAUUGUUGCAAGAAAUAGGUGCCGAAAGCCAGUCCAAGAAUGGGAAAGAUGGGAAGUUGACGCCUUAUUACUACGAAGAUGCUUCAGAUCAAGGAAGUGUUGCUUGAGAAACGGAUGUGGAAGGAGAAGGAGAGGGAGAAGGAUUGGGCUUCUUUUUUUAGAUGUUUUUUCUCAGUUCUUGUUCCCUCUUGAGUGUUUGUUUGCUGUCUUCGGUGAAAGGAAAGAGUUAAGAGGUAGUGGUUUUCAAAAAGAGAAAUUUGGUCCUGUGAGUUCAUGUUUGCUUGUAUAUUGUUAACUACUACAAUUAACUAUCAAAGUCUUCCCUCGUAUCAAGUUUUAUCUA